AUUAUAAUCAGUUUCCCGCCUUUAUAACUAUAUAGCUACAGAUGAAGGUAUUAAUUUGGACUACGUUGCAGCUAUUGCUCCAGCAGUAUGUUACUGGAUCUCCAGUAUCAUUGUCCGGUGAAGAGACCUUCGUUGAAGUUCCUCCGUUCCGUGGCCCGACUUUUUUGAAAGAAGCACAGCAACUAUUAAAGAGUGCUUUAUUGACUAAUGGAGGAACAAGUGUAUGCAGUCAUCUGCAGAGAGUUUUGAACUCUAGUGGGAAACUGAAGUUGGUAGAGUAUGGAUCACAACCUCCAGAUCACAGCUUGCUGGAUGAUACAAACCUCUUAUGGAGUGGAUCAGCCACUCUUCAAAAAGCUACUGUGUAUUUGACACUUCAAGCUGAAGAUGAAGGUAACAUCUUUAUGGUAGCUACAUUAGUUUUCACUGCAUGGCAUUUUUGCAUUGUUGCUUUAAAAAUGUGCAACCUUGCUGCAUGAUUUG